AUGAUGAUUGACCGUGUUUAUUGUCACUCUUCCCUUGCAGCCUCACCUCAUUUUAGCUUCAUCUCUUCAGGCCAGUCGUGUAAGGCAAGUCUCGACUCGGCCGAGACCUCUUCAGCCGAUUUAACACUGAUGAUGAUGAUGAUGAUGAUGUUGACGUCGACUGGACACACUUCUUCGCCAGCCGCCGCCAAAUCCAGGACGCCUGCAAUCCCACUGGCGUCAGAUGUGACUGGCAGAACUGAGCCGUCACGGCAGAACACGACUGCAUGUUCGACGACUGAGGCGAACUCGAUACCGGCUGCUCCACGGGGCCGUAUCGGAGCCCAGUAUGUGGCCGGUCUUCGUCAUGCCCUUCCACGCCUUCUGUUGUGCGGUAAGACCUCAGCUUCAACGCCCAGUUUCCGAGGCAAGAAGUCAUCCCCUCCGGUCGGCGACACUACAAGGACCACGCCUCUGGUCGCCCCGGUGCUCUUCACUCUUCCUUCCCGGUCUGGCAUACAUCAUCCACAGGAAGCCGAAAAAGCUCAACAUUUAUCACCUCUUUCCUCUUAUGAAAAGAACCUUCUUCCCGUUCUUGAGCCCAUCGAGCAUGACACUUCAUCUUCCGAGGGUCAGCUGCCUCUUCAAACCGCACUGGAAGGCAGACGUUUCGACACAACAGAGUCUAAUUUGGUACGGACAGUGUCCGAGCAGCAUCCAUUUUGUUCUUCGGUGAGUUACAACUACUCCUCAGACUGCUGA